AAAAUUACUCACAGGGAUCAAAAGUUCAAAACACAUACUCACACACACUCGCAAACCCACUCUUAUCUUGGUUGCCACGACUUCUUCAAGAUUUUGAAGCAUCUCCUAAAACCCUAAACUGACCCAACAAAUUUUUGAAAAAAUGUUGCUCCACCCAACAAUUUCCCAAUCUCCACCACACCCACAAUCCAUUUCUCUAUCAUCAUCUUCAUCUUCAUCAUCUCUCUUUAAUUCUCUCAAUUUCCCAUAUGGGUUUCGGAGUUCACCCCUCAAAAAAUCCCAAUUUAAUCCGUUCAUCAUCAAAAACCACUCUUCUUCUUCUUCCUCUUCAUCAUCUUCAUUUUCGAAAGUGUACAGCUAUGGCACUGUAGACUAUGAGAAAAAGCCUGGAACGACGGUCGCUUGGAAAGCUAUUUAUAAGAGGAUUUCAGUGAUGGGUGAUCCUGAAAAGGGAGCCACCGAUGUGUUGAAUCAAUGGGAGAAUGAAGGCAAAAAAGUUACCAAAUGGGAGCUUUGUAGAAUUGUGAAAGAAAUGAGAAAGUAUGGUCGUCACAAGCUUGCUCUGGAGAUCUACAACUGGAUGAGUAACCGACCAGAAAGGUUUAGAAUAUCCUCGAGUGAUGCUGCAAUUCAACUAGAUCUAGUUUCCAAAGUAGACGGUAUUUCAGGUGCCGAAGAUUACUUCCAAAACUUGCCGGAUAAUUUGAUGGACAAACGAAUAUACGGGGCCCUCUUGAAUGCUUACGUACGUGCUAGAAUGGUAGAAAAGGCUGAAACUUUAUUAGUCGAAAUGAAAAAGAAAGACUAUACUAGCCACGCACUUCCGUUUAAUGUGAUGAUGACUCUUUAUAUGAACCUUAAAGAUCAAGAAAAAGUGGAAGCCAUAGUUUCGGAGAUGAUGAAAAAGAACAUAGAUUUAGAUUUAUAUUCGUAUAAUAUCUGGAUAUCUUCUCGUGGGUCUCAAGGAUCUACCGAAAAGAUGGAAGAAGUGUUUGAAAAACUGAAGCUUGAUCCGUCGAUUAAUCCAAAUUGGACUACUUAUAGCACCAUGGCUACUUUAUAUAUCAAGAAUCAAGAAUUUGAGAAGGCCGAAGAUUGUCUUAGAAAGAUAGAAAGCCUAAUCACGGGGCGUGAUCGAAUUCCUUAUCAUUAUCUUCUAAGUCACUAUGGUAGUAUCGGAAAGAAAAUAGAAGUUCAACGGAUUUGGGAGACUUACAAAACAAUCUUUCCGUAUAUACCAAAUUUGGGUUAUCAUGCUGUGAUCUCUUCGUUCAUCAGGAUGGACGAUAUCGAAGAAGCCGAGAUUCUUUAUGAAGAAUGGGUCGCGAUGAAAUCAUCAUAUGACCCCAGAAUCGGAAAUCUUUUAUUAGGUUGGUACGUUAGAAAAGGGUUUACAGAAAAAGCCGAAUCUUUUCUCAAAGAAAUGUUGGAAGUUGGAAAACCGAACUCGAGCACAUGGGAGAUUGUUGCUGAAGGUCAUAUUAAAGAAAGUCGGGUUUCUGAUGCCUUGUCGUGCUUCCAAAAAGCGCUAUCCAAUGAAGGAUCGAGCUUCUGGCGACCGAAACCCGUCAAUAUUUCGGCUGUUCACAACAUCUGUGAACAAGAAAACGACAAAAAAAGCAAGGAGGCUUUGUUUGAGGUUCUGAGACAAGCUGGUGUUCUUGAAGACAAUGUUUAUAUGUCGCUUUUACCCUUUUCCAAUGGAUCAAACCCGAAAAUAAUUAAAGAAAGCGAGGUUGAUGAUGAUGACGGAACUACUGAUAUGAUCCUAAACGAACUGCAGGCUAGCGUUUAAGGACCGAUCAACGAUCGUAAUCGGGGUUCUGUAGCCCUCAAGAUCUCUUGAGGAAAUUUUCUUGCCAUAAUUUGGUGGUGUUGAAGAUUAAUGCAGAUUUUAACAAUGGCCAAAGAGGGUAGAAGUGUUUUCCUGUUAUGUAGUACAAGAUUUUGCAGAGUUUUUAUGAUAAAGUUUGUUAAUUUUAGCAAAGUUAUCAACUGUUAUUUGGU